AUGGGGAAGGGGGGGAACCAGGGCGAGGGGGCCACGGAGCGCGAGGCGCCGAUGGCCACCUUCAGCUGGGAGGAGAUUCAGAAGCACAACCAGCGCACGGACAAGUGGCUGGUCAUCGACCGCAAGGUCUACAACAUCACCAAGUGGUCCAGCCGGCACCCGGGGGGCCACCGGGUCAUCGGGCACUACGCGGGAGAGGAUGCCACGGAUGCCUUCCGAGCCUUCCACACCAACCUUGAUUUUGUGCGCAAGUUCAUGAAGCCCCUGCUGAUUGGCGAGCUGGCCCCAGAGGAGCCCAGCCAGGACCGCGGCAAGAAUUCUCAGAUCAUCGAGGACUUCCGGGCCCUGAAGAAGACUGCUGAGGAUAUGAACCUGUUCAAAACCAACCACCUGUUCUUCCUCCUCCUCCUGGCCCACAUCAUCGCCAUGGAGAGCAUUGCAUGGUUCACCAUCUUUUACUUUGGCAAUGGCUGGAUUCCUACGGUCAUCACAGCCUUUGUCCUUGCUACCUCUCAGGCCCAAGCCGGAUGGCUGCAGCACGAUUAUGGCCACCUUUCUGUCUACAAGAAGUCCACGUGGAACCACAUUGUCCACAAGUUCAUCAUUGGCCACUUAAAGGGUGCCUCUGCCAACUGGUGGAACCAUCGCCACUUCCAGCAUCAUGCCAAGCCUAACAUCUUCCACAAGGAUCCAGAUGUGAACAUGCUACAUGUGUUUGUCCUGGGCAAAUGGCAGCCCAUUGAGUACGGCAAGAAGAAGCUGAAAUACCUGCCCUACAACCGCCAGCACGAGUACUUCUUCCUGAUUGGGCCACCAUUGCUCAUCCCCAUGUAUUUCCAGUAUCAGAUCAUCAUGACCAUGAUUGUUCGCAAAGACUGGGUGGACCUGGCCUGGGCCAUCAGCUACUACACCCGUUUCUUCAUCACCUACAUCCCUUUCUAUGGCAUCCUGGGAGCGCUCCUUUUCCUCAACUUCAUCAGGUUCGUGGAGAGCCACUGGUUUGUGUGGGUCACGCAGAUGAAUCACAUCGUCAUGGAGAUUGACCGCGAGCCCUACCGUGACUGGUUCAGCAGCCAGCUGGCAGCCACCUGCAACGUGAAGCAAUCCUUCUUCAAUGACUGGUUCAGCGGACACCUCAACUUCCAGAUCGAGCACCACCUCUUCCCCACCAUGCCCCGGCACAACUUGCACAAGGUUGCCCCGCUGGUGAAGUCUCUGUGCGCCAAGCACGGCAUCGAGUACCAGGAGAAGCCACUGCUGAGGGCCCUGCGGGACAUCAUCAGGUCCUUGAAGAACUCUGGGGAGCUGUGGCUGGACGCCUACCUCCACAAAUGAAGCCUCCGCCCUUGGGGCACCCGUGGGU